UUCCCCUGGCCACCAAUUGUUGCAUUUCUUGCAGGAGCACAGCCUGGCUCCUUAGGACAAGGCGCCCUGCUCCCUGCGGGAACGGGAUCGGGAUGGACAUCACAACGGCGGGGAGGGAGCGGCUGCUGCCGGCAGAAACCUCCCAGGAAGGAGGAGAAGCUGCAGCAAAGGGCAGAGAGGGGCGGCCAGCGGGGAGACGUGAGCCUAGAGCCAGCGCAGCCUCAGCACUGCCCUCCGGAGCAGAGCCACACAGCUCCUCGCAAGCAGUAACCUAACUUGGAAUUAGUAUUUUUUAAAUACAGCAAUUUUGAAUCUUUUCUGCUCGACGGAUGCUGCUGCACCACCCCGUGGAGCUGCUGGGGAUGCUUCUGGCAGGUAAAUGGGGGUUUGAUGCCACCCAGUGGGCUCGAGUCUGAAUCCUCACCUGAAUCUUACACCUUACAGGUGUAAGCAGUUGGGCAGUUAUGCAUGGGGAUCGCUGGCCUAUAAAGGGCCAGGCUUUUUUUUUGUUUGUUUUUUGUUUUUGUUUUUUUUUUUUAAAGUGGGGCUAAAUACUCACCCUGCUAGGAAGGAGUAUGUCUGCUUUGUCACUCAAAGGCAGAGGAGAUAGAUGCAGCUCAGGAGAAUGGCACUGAGGCUAAAAGCUUUCUGCAGGUAGGUUCAUACAGAGAUCAAUAUAGGUGACAACACAACGUUUAUUGCAGUCAUAGGAAUAAUCUUGCUGGUCUUAAUGUAUGUACUGGCUGGCUUGAGGAGCAAAUAGACAAAGGUUUUCAGGCUGAGCGUUUAAAGUGGGAAAAAGACACAGUUGUCCAGAUGUCGUAGUGUUUGUGGAUGCUGAGCACCUACACAAUGAGCUUAGGCUAUUGCAGUUGUAAAAAGAAGUUUAUAAUGGAGUAUUUUCUCUUAUUUCAUGUUGAUGAUGUUGUGUGAAGAGUGUUCUUCUGUAACAAAGGGAUUUUCUGUUAAAAACUCAUUUAUCCUCCUUGCACACAUAUCUUAUGUGGUGGAGGCACAGCAAUGAAGCCCCAUGGCUGUUUCUAUAGGUUACCAGUACGAGAACUGGAUAAAACAUCGGCUGUGCCUGUUUUGUUUGCCUUGUUAUGGCUGACUUCUAUCCUGUGUUGCAAAAUUGUGAAGGGAAAUAACAAGUUUGCUCAGGAAGGAUGGUUUUCAAGAGGGUUUGCAGUGUGAAUGUAUAGCAACAGCUUUCGCUGGAACUGAGACAUGGUGGAGGAAGAGGAAGAAGCACAGCCUUCACUGCCUGCUGGGUCUCUGCUGCUGCUCCUCACCUCAGCCCACCUCCAGCAGGAUGCUCAGGGUUAGCCUGGCUGUCCUGUUAGGGGAAGAGUGCCUCAAACAGAAACCUUGGAGUUCCCAUCAGCAGAGGCGUGGGUGUGUUUGUUAUGCUUGUAGUGCUAGCUGCAAUUCAUUGGGUUUGUGCCUGGCUAAAAAAUAACCUUUCUUUCAUGACUGUUAUCAUUUCUAGGUAAACAAAUACCAUUCCUCUCAUUUCCUCUUCCUCUAGACUAAUUAAACUCAUCUUCAUUUGUUUGCUUGUAAGGACUCCAUUUUACAAGCCAAGAUUUUAGCAGUUAUUUUUGCCUGGCUUUCCCUGAAAACUCUCUAUUCCACUUGGUCAGGGAGCUGUGAUCCCUUGAAGUCCUCAGAGCCUCAUGAAAAACCCAAUUGACAUGCAUUUUGGGGAAGCAGCUCUAUCCCUCUUGGGUGGGAGCAUAUAAAUGCUUUCAGCUCCGAAUUAAAUCAGGAACUGUGAGUGAGAUGCUUGGAAAGUGCCUUCUGGGCACAGACUGGUAGGGAAAGCACAGAUCUUGUGUAGAAAAGGCCUCAGCCCUGCAGGCAGAUGCUCAGACCAUCCAAUAUAAGCUCCAGAUGGGAUAUCACACUGCCUGAUGGAGAUGGGUUAUAAGACAUGAAGACCAAGCUGUCCAGAUUCUACCAGUGUCCUUGGCACAGGAUGCUGGUGCCUUUGAAACAGGCUGCAGAAGUGGAGAGAGCCCUGCAGAGAAGAGUGGCCAUGGUGGGUUCCUCAGUGCUGCUUGCGGGGCCGCUUAACGUCACGCUCAUCCACUCCAUACAAUGGGAGCACCUCAAUGGCACUGCUUCCCACACCAUCCUGCAGUAUGAGAGGCACAACCUGACCAUCCACACGCCAUACAUUGCACGAGCCCAUCUGCAUGCAUCCAAUGGAUCUCUCCUCCUGGACGACCUACAGGAAAGCGACAGUGGCAUCUACAGAGUGACUGUCAACCAGGCAGAAAAGGAGAGCUUGUCAAUAUUGCUGGAUGUCCUCAAACCCGUGUCUCACCCUCAGCUCUGGAGCAGUGGCCUGGUGGCCAGGGCGAGCGGUGAGGUACUGUGUGAGGUAGCAGAGGGCAGGGCAGACAUCUUCACCUGGAAGAAGGAUGGGCAGAUGCUUCCCCCGGACAGAAGUUACCACCUCUCUGGAAGCCUUAGUGUUUUGCACCUGAGGAUGGUAAAGAAAUCGGACUGUGGCUCCUACUCCUGCAAUGCCAGCAAUGGGAUAAGUUGGCAGGAGACCUCCCUGAAUGUCACUGUUGCAGGUCUCUCUCCUCCCUUGCAGGAUGUGCUGAGGAUUUCAGUGGUUGCUCUGGUUUUUGCUGCUGUCUCAGGAUGGGGCAUAAUUUUUCCUGUCUGCCAGUCUGAAAAGCUAAGAAUAAGGGGAGAGCUGUGGAGGUGGCUCAGUGCCUACACCUGUGGGCUGGUGUGCAUCUCCUCCAUCCUGGCUGGCACUGCUGGGCUCCUCUGGAUGAGAGAAGAAGGCCCAUCCAUUGCUGUCAUACUGCCAGAGAUUUUCCUUUUGUAUGUGACUGUGAUCACCUUCUUCGUGGCCUCCACAGUGACAUUCCAGCCUACGAAGCUCAUCCAGCUCAAAAGCACAGCAGCACAGCGCACGAUGGGCUAUGCUGCUCCAGGAGGAGUGCUCUUGGUGGUGCUGACGAGCAGCUUCCAGAUGAAGAACAUCCACCAACGCCAUGAAGAAGGCUGUGCGGCGUUCAUGGACGUCACCACCCUUGCGGUCAGCACAGCAGCAGUGUUGGCCCUGCCAAUCCUUGCCAUCUUCCUCUGCUAUCAUACAACACAGGGGUGGCUGCAGGAACAUGACUCCAAUUGUGCAGACAAGGAAAGGUCCUUUGAGAUGUCCCUGCCCAUCAGCAAGGAUCCUGAUUUAACCUGCUAGACACUGGGGAUGUUUCCUGUGUGGCUGGCUCAACAUGUUAAUGGAUCUCAGUUUCAUAGGUCUGAGCCUGUGAUAUUGGUGAUAUAAAGCAAUGAAAUUAAUCA